CACGAGCUGCGCGCUCCUGAUCUCGGACCGAGAGCUCUGACUUCCGCCGGCGGGGGACGCGUCACGCGAUGCAGCAGUGAUCCUCGCACCUGAUCCCGGAGCGGAGUCCCUCUCUCAGAGUCUUCCUCACGAUCUCCAGAUGGAGCUGCUGCUGCUGCUCGUGUCUCUGUCGGCGUUCCGUGUUUCUGCGGAGCAGGAGGUGGAGAAUCUCUCCGGACUUUCACCGAAUCCUGACCGGGAUAUAUUCGUAGUGAGAGAGAACGGAACGACCUGCUUGAUGGCGGAGUUUGCGGUGAAAUUCCUGAUUCCCUACGACGUCCUGGCACUGAACGGGAUCGAUCUGAUCACGGAGCAGACGUCCGUGUCGAUCCCGCGUGGAGCUCAGAUCGCUGGGAAAUGCGGGAGCAGUGAGUCGGAGCUGCAGAUCUCGUGGAUCAAUCACGCUUUCACAUUCCUCAUCUUCUUCUCAAAGGAGAAGCGCACGAUGGGCAGUGAUGGGAAAGCUAAAGAAACUGAAGUGUGGAAGAUAAACAAGGUCCAGCUGGUCUAUGACACUUCAGAGGCGACACACUUCAGUAACGCGUAUAAUCCGGGGAAACACAUGGCCAGCACUCACCGUCUCUCUGCUCUGGUGACUCCGGCCGGACGCUCGUAUGUUUGCUCGGCUCAGCAGACGCUCACACUGAUCUCCAGCGACCAUCAGAAGGGAAUCACCGUCUCCAUGUACGACAUUCAGAUCCAGCCCUUCGACAUCAAGAGCGACUUCGUCUUCAGUGAACAGUAUAAGUGCAUCACAGACGAGCGUGAGCAGCUGGAGCAGAUGUUGCCGCUGGUGUUGGGUCUCAUCCUGGGUCUCAUCAUCGUCAUCACCAUCUCUGUGUAUCACUUCCAUCUCAAACUGAGCGCCGCGCAGCAGCCGCAGCUUCCUCGAGACCGCUCGCUCUACAAGAACAUGUGA